ACUCCGAAAAGCUCAGGGUGUUAGUGUAAAUAACUUUGGAUCAUAUGAAACUCUGCUCCCUCCGUCGUCACUCCUUUUCAGUUCAAUUAUUUCCAUGGCUGCUGCUGCUGCUGCUGGUGCCGUUCCAUUGGUGCCACCACACAUCUCGUUCCCCUUGGACCUCUCAUCUCCCCAAAAUCCUAAUAAGCUCACCCUUUUCUUCCCUCGCCUCCAUCGCUCAACCAAAUCCCAACCAACUCUCCGCUGUCAUAGGCCUCUUUCGUUCUCUUGUGGCCUCAGCCUCACUCCACAUUCUCCGGCGCCGGAGCAGCCCACCUCUGCCGUGCCUCAGACCUUGCUUCGGCUUGCCGCCUCUGCCGCCCUCUUUUUUGGGCUUGGGCUUUGCUGUUGGGCCGCUUCGGCCCAAUGUCCGCCUCUUCCUCUCGGCGACCAUGGGGCGGUCCUGGAGGAGGAGCGCACAGCUCAAGCCACAGAUGAUGGUGAUGAGGGUAAAUCUGACAAUUUGGAAAAGUCAGAAGAUAGCAAGUUGGAAGCAGCCUUUGGAGUCUGGAAGUCUAAGACAUAUGCUUUGACUGUACCUUUGAGAAUUGCUGCUCUUCGUGGCUCUGUUCCACCUUCAUGGAUUAAGGAUUUCAUGCAAUCUCAAGGAAAAAGAUCAAAGGUUCACUUGAAGUCCCAUGCAAGUCUUGAGGGCAUCUUUUCUGAUCUGUCAAUGGCCUUUAACAAAGGCAAAGUUGGGCCUUCAUCUGUUGUAGCAGCUGACCUCGUUAGUGUUGGGGAUUCUUGGCUCAGUUAUGCCAUUAACAAGGCUUUAAUUGAGCCCAUUCAAGGGGUAGAAGACCAGGACUGGUUUAAAGGACUGAGUGACAGAUGGAAAGUAUAUCUCUGCAGGAACUCUGAGGGGAGAAUUGAUCCUGAUGGUAAAGUAUGGGCUGCUCCAUAUCGCUGGGGCUGCAUGGUGAUAGCAUACAAAAAAACUAAAUUUCGAAAGCAUAAGUUGGCUCCUGUAGAGGACUGGGCAGAUUUAUGGCGACCUGAACUUGCAGGAAAGAUUUCAAUGGUUGAUUCUCCUAGAGAGGUUAUUGGUGCAGUUUUGAAGUACAUGGGAGCAUCAUACAACACAAAAGACAUCCAUUUGCAAGUUGAUGGUGGGAGAGAUGCUGUCAGGCAAAAUCUUGCUUUACUUGUAAAACAGGUCCGACUAUUUGACAGUGUACACUAUUUAAAAGCGUUUGGGGUUGGAGACGUGUGGAUGGCUGUUGGGUGGAGCAGUGAUGUUAUUCCUGUUGCCAAACGUAUGUCUGAUGUUGCAGUAAUUGUUCCCAAAUCAGGAGCUAGUAUAUGGGCCGAUCUAUGGGCAAUUCCUGCUGUCUCUCAACUUGAAACAAAUCGAAUUGGGGGGAGAGUUAGAGGGCCAUCUCCGCUCAUCCAUCAAUGGAUAGAGUUCUGCUUUCAAACUGCUCGAGCACUCCCUUUUAAGCAGGAGGUAGUCCCCGGAGCAUCCCCAUCUGCUCUUGAUAGUGCUCCGCCUGAAGUUUUGAAUGAGCUCAUCAAGGGAAAGCCAAGACUGGACACAAACCUCGUUGCAGGGGUACCUCCACCUCAGAUUUUGGCAAAGUGUGAAUUUUUGGAGCCGUUAACUGAUUCUACUCUGUCAGACUAUCAAUGGUUGAUUGCUAGUGUGCAGAAAUCUAGGGAUGGUUUGAUCGCUAGCAUGCAUUCUUACAUGUCAUCAUUGAUUCAAAUUUUUUGGCUGAAGCUGAAUUCAAAGCCAGCAUAAUCAUGAACUUUAACAGAUGCCUAGCGUAAGUUAAGAAGUGUUCUAUGAUGAGAAUUAUUCAUUUGUUUAUAUCCAAUCCGGCACUUAUAACUCAAGUCAUAACAUCAUGGAACAGAUGUUUACGCAUAUGUGGAAAAUUUGCAUGUAUA